AUGAGAACUGCCUCUGCCAGCUCAGCCAGUGCAGCCCAGGAAAACCCCCAGCAUCAACCCAGCAAAGGAGCUUCCGGUUCUGUUUUGAAGACGCUUUUUCAGCAGCUCCCACCGUGCAGCGCUCUGAUCUCUUGGGACACGGGCAGGCACCCUUUACUGCAGACGCAAUCCUGUUCUAGUACUGGCUUUGUAUGUGCGCGUCUCGGGCCUCUGUGGCUCCUAGUGGCUUGUACGCGGGAUCCUUGGAGUGCUGCAUCUCUGCGCGGUCCGGAUCCGCAGAGAGGAGCCGAGUGCCGUCAGUCCGCGGCCGUCCCGGCUUCGAGUGCCUCGGUCUGCGGUGUUCCCAUGAACAUCCACGCUCCCAGGAAACUCUGUGGAUGGAACAGCAGAGGAACGCUAUCUUUCAUCCAGGCCGGGGGGCGCUCAGUGGGACUCUUAGCGCUGCAGAACCAAGAGGAAUGGAAAACGCUGUGGUUUCUGCUCAAGACAAGUGCUGUACACCUACAGAGCUCGAGUGGUGAGGAACCAUAUGUGGUGUAUCAGGAGCGACUCACCAUAGAGUACGCUCGACGUGAGAAGAGUCUUCCAGUUUAUCGCAGCCAGUCACAGGCCAAGUUCAUGAGUGUUUUCCAUGUUAUUCGAGACUUUGAGUGGGCCGAGUCUUUAUCUCUGAACAUCACAGGACACAGCGAUAAUCAAAACUCAAGCAAAGGCUCUCUGGUCAAAGUCAUCCCGGUUCAGUUUGAAAUCAAGAUGACACUUUUGGUAGAAGAAGACAGCGUCACCUAUUUGAAUUUCACCACUGAGGAUCCUGCCCCAAAACGAGUGGUGACCAAAUAUACAAAUACCACCAAAUGCAGAGAAAGUUACAAUGAGUCUUCUCCAUCUGAAAAUAAUAUUGCAUACUGUACCCCAGAGCGUGAAUGCAUGUAUAUAGUGUGUGACCCUUUUCUACUGACCAAUGCAUCUGUGGAGUUUGAACUGUCGGGACAAGUUCAGUUCAAAGACCUCAGUCGAGAUAACGUUCCCUUCCUGAAGCGUUACACUGGAGACAACAAUGUGAUUGAGUUUAAAAGUUUUCUAUUUGUAACAUAUGACAAACAGAAGUACUCACUGGACUUUUACAAUCGGAAGUUGGGAUGCUUCAAGAGAAAACUUCAUGCCAUGGUGUAA